AGAACAAUUCCCACCCGCGCUCCCCGCUGCAAUCUGGUGAUGUGAUAUAACAACCUCGUUGCGCCAGCACUAGUUGAUGCCUGUCCGGGGAGACGUUCGUCCAUUUCUAACCCCUCACAUUACCGGAUACUACUUGGGUACCCUUCUUUCCUCUCCUUCUUCUACGAAUGCAUAACGCUUUACUACCAGACGGUUCCAUUCAAGACUCGGAUUGUGUUCGGUCGCAUAACGGUGUUUUCGGCAUGUUCAGAGGAGCCGUUUGUAGAUCUGGUUCCUGCUAGUCACUUGGGGUUUUCACAAUAUGGAAGACCAGGUCGAGAUCCCGGAGGAGUCGAUGCGGCAUAUCGAGGCUUUGCUAGCAAGACAUCCCCCGCAGAUGAUCCAGAGGAUGUUCGCACAGACGAUGGAAUCUCGUCGCAACUCGAUAUCCUCGCUCGCGUCAACGAACACUACAGCAACGAGCUCUACGUCAUCGUCCGGCUCAUCAUGGCGGUCUCGACUAUCGAUCGCGUCGUCAUUUUCAAUCUCCACCGGGAGUAGUGCUGCUUCUGUUGCCUCUUCAGGUUCUUCCCGCUUUAGGAUGAGGAGAGCAGAGCCUCGUUCCUAUCCAGCCGGUCUCGACGCCACGCCUGUUUCUGCCAUGCUGACGCCUGCCUCGGACAUUAGCAGCCCACUUGAUAGUCACGUUGAGCACAGUGUCACGCCCACAGACGACGUCAGCAUUUCCUCGCCAAACUUGUUCUCAGAUGAGAAGAGUCAGAGCCAACCAGGCGAAUCAUACAUGUUCUGCACCUACUGUGCCGAACAGAAAACUCUCAAGACUUUCAAGGCGAAGUCCGACUGGAAGAAACACGAAGCAAGGAUGCACGAGACUGGCGAAGAUUGGGCUUGCGUUGUGAACGGAUGCAGCCGCAUCUUUGAUCGUCAGAAGGAUUUCAUCAAGCAUCAUCAACGCUACCACUCCGGUCGGCCACUGCCAUCACUGACAGAUAUUGGUAUCACUCUUUUGCCUAGAAGAGUUUUUGGAUGUGGCUUUGACAAAUGCAAAGAAGUGAGCAUUGGUUGGGACGAACGGUGCGAUCACGUUGCCAAACACAUGAAGAACGGCGCAGCAUCCGAGCAGUGGAAGUACUCGAACGUGAUACGCAACCUGAUCCGACAAGAAGCGCUACAUGAGACUUGGAAGGAGAUCAUCGCUUGCCUUGAUGAACGGCUGAAGGAAAAUCGUGCGCAAAUUAGCUGGUGUCCGGACAACACCAGAGUCCUGCGACAGAAACUACAGUGCUGUGAUCUCAGGCCGAGUCGAGAAGAGGUUCUCAUUACAGCUUUGAGUCUUCGGUCUGAUAUUGUCGUGGAUCUUGGUCAUCAGCAGGUCCCAACAGGCUUCGUCACGCCCAGCAGAGACUCGGUCCCAAAUGUUGACAAGUUGUCACGCGAGCAGCGAAUGCAGAUUUUAAUUGGCCACUCGAACGUACAGCUGUCUCGGACUAGGCUGGCGAGCCUGAACGCUGCUCUACUCGGCGUCACGACCCAUACACCCAACUACCAUUGCGGGUCGUCACCCUUCGGCGAAUCAAAUUCUCCCACAGUCGACACGAGCGAGCGUCGUAUCAGCUAUAUGGAUAUAGACCCGGGCAAUUAUCUGGAUGUCGCACAGCCGCAUAUACCAGAUAUGCACCUUGAUAUGAGUGCACCUCAAAUCCAUACUCCAGCCCAGGACAAUGAGCAGCAAAUGCAACAGCAAACAAGCGAAUACUUGGAUCAGAACAAGACCCCCCCAAAUCCACUUGGGUGGUACUACCCGAGCUACUUCGAUGCUGCGCCUCAAUUCGAGGAGUCUCAAUACUACGACCGACCAUCCCUCGGGCAGGUGAUCUCCAAACCACUGCACAAGAUCGGCAACCGCCUGAGCACAUCGCGAAACAGCUCACGCCCAACAUCCCACGCCGAACAAAGCCCCGGGGGAAUGAACGUCGAGUUCGCCAUCCAGAACCCCGUAGCGGCGCUCAGCAUGCGCAACCUGCAAGCCUCGAUCCAGACGCAGCAGCAACUCCACGCCGAGCAGCACUACCAACACCCGCAUUCGCACCACCAGCAGCCCCCGCCGCAGCAAACACUCGCCCACCCGCAACCCCAGCACUUCCGCAACACGGCCCAGAUGCAGGACCAGCUCCACAUGUUCACGACGCACAUCCAGCAAUGAUCACGACCGGCAUCCAGCGAGCAUCUAGACGUCUCCUAUGUCCUCCCUUUCCUUUUCAUGUGGUUUCGUAUGUGGUUCUCAUUGAUACCCCCGUGCUCCGGCACAAUGAUAGACAUGUAUUGUAAUGUACUCUGCGUAGAGAAUAGAGCCGCAAGGCAGGUCUCGACAUACCAGGCACUGUCUCAUCGCGUGCG